UUGGUCUUUCGGAGUCGGGUUCUAUGGCUUUUCAGUACUUCCUUGGUUGUGGAGUGGGUGUUAUUGAUCCUGUUAAAUGCGCCGGGAAGCUGCGAUACACGGAAGAGCAGCAGCUAGCCCUGGAUUGGUCAAAUAAAUUAGGGCAAGAACAGAAUUAGACAUAGAUUCUUUUCUCCUCAUCUCUUGUGCCUGGCCUGGAUCUAUUCCCCGCAAGCGUUCUGUGCCCAGCUUACCGUGUGACCCAGAGCCAGUCGUUGCCUUUGCUGGGCCUCAGUUUUCCUACGAGGAAACUGAGGCUCAGAGGUUAAGUGACUUGGCCAAGGUCAAACAGCUAGUAAGUGGUGGAGCCAGGACUCAAACCCAGGUCUGUCUGAUUCCCACAGGGAAAGGUCUAGGAGCCAUGUCCACCUUGUUCCCCUCACUCUUCCCCCGUGUGACUGAGACACUGUGGUUUAAUCUGGAUCGACCCUGUGUGGAGGAGACAGAGCUGCAGCAGCAAGAACAGCAGCAUCAGGCCUGGCUCCAGAGCAUUGCAGAGAAAGACAACAACUUGGUACCUAUUGGCAAGCCGGCCUCAGAGCACUAUGACGACGAGGAAGAGGAAGAUGAAGAUGACGAUGAGGAUAGUGAAGAGGACUCAGAGGAUGACGAGGACAUGCAGGACAUGGAUGAGAUGAAUGACUACAAUGAGUCACCUGAUGAUGGAGAGGUCAAUGAGCCUCCUCUUCAGGUGGACAUGGAAGGCAACGAACAGGAUCAGGACCAGUGGAUGAUCUAGGUAGACAAGAAAGGGGGUCCAAGGAUGGCCCUGGACCUCCUGCAGAACCAGCUGAUCACCCACCCCCAUGCCCCACCCCAGUGCCUGAAUGCUCAUCCUCGGGCACUUCCUCAGCUCCUGCCAGGACCUGAUCUUCUUGGUCCCUCCCAGGCCAUCAGUAUGCCCUUGAAUCCCCAGGGCCCGAGCCCAGCCCCCUCCCUUCUAGCCAGCACCUCACCCCUUGUUUGUCAGAUCUAGUCUCUUUCUAACUUUAAUAAAGACACAGGACUGAUUUUUUCC